AACCACGACGCCACAUUCACUAAAACGUUACACAAAACAAUCAUCAAAUUCGAAUAACAAACCUCUCUUUCUCUAUAUAAUAUCCGAUUCCAUCCAUCAGAGUGAGAAACAAAAAGAGAUCACGAAAUGUUUCGAGUAAGCAACUUCGUUGUGGGUCUAGCCAACACGUUGAUAAUGCUAAUGGGCGCAUCAGCCAUUGGUUAUUCGAUUUACAUGUUCGCUCACCAAGACGUGACCAAUUGUGAAACAGCGAUUCGUACACCACUUCUCACGACCGGUGUCGUCCUCUUCGCGGUGUCGUUGCUAGGAGUGAUAGGAUCUUGCUUCAAAGAGAAUCUCGCCAUGGUCUCGUACUUGAUCGUACUCCUUGCGGGCAUUGUUGCGUUAAUUGGUUUUUCGAUAUUUCUAGUCUUCGUGACUAACAAAGGAGCCGGUCGUGUGGUCUCUGGUCGAGGCUAUAGAGAGUACCAGACAAUGGAUUUCUCGACAUGGCUUAACAGUUUCGUCGAUGGGAAGAGAUGGGUUGGUAUAAGAUCUUGUUUGGCUGAAGCUAGCGUUUGUGAUGAUUUGAAUGAUGGUCCUGUUAGUCAGAUCGCUGAUGAGUUUUAUCAGAAGAACUUGUCUCCACUCCAGUCUGGUUGUUGUAAGCCACCGUCAGAUUGCAACUUCGAGUUCAAAAACGCAACGUUCUGGACACCACCAGCGAAAAACGAAACGGUUGUCGCGACCCAUAACGGUGACUGCGGUGCAUGGAGUAACGUGCAAACGGAGUUAUGUUUCAACUGCAACGCAUGCAAAGCUGGAGUCUUGGCGAAUAUUAGAGAGAAGUGGAGGAACCUUUUGAUUUUCAACGUCUGUCUCAUCAUCCUCCUCAUCACCGUCUAUUCAUGCGGUUGUUGUGCUCGUCGUAACAAUCGUAUGGUUGGGAAAAGUGGUUUUAAUACAAUGGAGGAUCAGCUACGACAAUUAAAAGACAUAUUCGAUAGGUUCGACAUGGACGCAGAUGGAAGCUUAACCAUCUUAGAACUCGCGGCCCUGCUCCGUUCCCUCGGUCUGAAACCAUCCGGGGACCAAAUCCAUGUUUUGUUGGCAAGCAUGGACGCAAACGGCAACGGUUUUGUCGAGUUUGAUGAGCUCGUAGGCAAUCUCCCCGACCUGAACGAAGAGAUCGGCAACAACUCCGAACAUCUACUCGACAUUUUCAAAUCGUUUGAUAGAGAUGGUAACGGAUUCAUCAGCGCGGCGGAAUUGGCUGGAGCCAUGGCCAAGAUGGGGCAACCGUUGACGUAUAGCGAAUUAAGGGAGAUGAUCAAAGAAGCUGACACAAACGGUGAUGGUGUUAUUAGCUUUGGUGAAUUUGCUUCCAUUAUGGCUAAAUCUGCUGUUGAUUAUUUUGGUUUAAAAAUUAAUUCAUGAAUGAAAUGAUUUUUUUUUCUUUUUAUUUUCUUAGAAUUGAUGAUUGAUAUAUAAAAGAGAAAUAACGUUUUUUAUAAAAGAUGACCAAAAUCUCUCACAGGGAAAACACAGAUAUUGUUGAAACAAAAGGGAUAUGAAAUCU